AUGCAUUCUGUCAGCGAAUCUCUGCAGAAGGAACUGGAAACUUUGCAAAAAGAGGCUUUCCAACUGGAGAUAACACAUAAAGAAAAAGAAGAGUUGUCCCAGAAGUUGCAUUAUUUGUGUGAAGAGUCGGAUCAGGAAUUGGCCAGGCAACUGAAACAUAAUAAAUCAACUGAGGAUCUGUCGGAGCAAUACAAUUGUGAGAUUCAGGCCGUAAAGUUGAAACAUCGGAAGCUACGAAUGAAAUUUGAAAACCAUUUGUGUCAGCUGAUAGAGCAGCAAAAGAACUUGUAUUCUGUUUUUAUUCCAGAAAAACUUCCAGGUGAAAUUGACAGUGCUGUAAAUACAAAAGGUCAGCUUUUAACAGCUGAGAAGCUCAAGAUAACACAAAUAAACUCACUGGAGGAAAAAAUUGAAAAGUGGAAGCAGGACAAGCAAGGCACCUCACCUGUUGCUGUACCAGAGUAG